AUGGCGUCGUCCAUGAGUGGGAUGUUCACUGGUCAGCAGCCCCCGGCGUCCAUCCCGUCGGGGGGUCCCGGUCCACCGGGCCAGCCGGGCUUUCCCGGCGCAGCUACCAGACCUCCAGGAAACAACACGCUGGUGGACGAACUGGAGUCUUCCUUUGAGGCAUGUUUUGCAUCCCUGGUAAGCCAGGACUACGUUAACGGAACUGAUCAGGAGGAGAUUCGAACUGGUGUUGACCAGUGCAUACAGAAGUUUCUGGACGUGGCUCGACAAACGGAGUGCUUCUUCUUACAGAAAAGGCUACAGUUAUCUGUGCAGAAACCAGAACAGGUGGUGAAAGAGGAUGUGUCAGAGUUACGUAAUGAGCUGCAGAGGAAAGAAUUGCUGGUUCAGAAACACUUGUCCAAACUGCACCACUGGCAACAAGUUCUCGAGGACGUGAGCGUUCAGCACCGCAAACCCACAGACCUUCCUCCUCCGGGACCACUGGCCUUUCUGGAGCAGGCCUCUGCCAGUCUGCCCCCUGCCCCUUUAAAACCAAAUUAACACCAAAGUUACACUCGCGUUAGUUUUCUAUCGAAGGAAAUAGUUUGCAACCAGAAUUUGAUGUUGAACUCUGACCUGCAAGCAGCUGGCGGUCACACCAAAACUGGAAACCCACUUGUUUGCAUUCAUCAAUCAUAAAGGCUGGAUUUGAAGCAAGAUGGAGCGAAUACUUGCAGGAUUUCAGUGUGAUUGUACCUAACUGUCACUACACACACUACGUACAUCGUGUGAUGCCUGCUGUCAAGAGACAACCUAUGAGAAACCGAAGAACAGUUUGUUGUCACUGUCCAGCUGUUGGAACAUCAAGAUCAUUUUAUUUCUGUAUUUUGUUUUUAUGUAAAUAUUUCUAUUGCCGUCUUUUUUUUACUGUAAAAUAAACUUCCUGAGUAUUUUGACUCUG